UGGAGAAGCAUCAGCUGAGAGGCGCUAUCACAUGGGAGCCGGGAGAUGCUCAGCAAAGCCACUGUGGAGGGCACCUUCAGGCGAAGCAUGGCACGGGGGGCUGAGUGCUAGCCCUGGAGCCAGGCCUCCUGGGUGUGUAACUGGACCUGGCCACUUACGAGCUAUGUGACCUUCGAUGGCUUUAUGAGGAAACCAAAGCUGAGAAGAGCCACAGAGUUAGUAAUUCCCAGACCUGGGACUGCAAACUGGAUCUUAUGCUUGUUCUCCACAAUGAUUCCUGCCAUUCUGAGGAGACAAGAAAUCAGGAAAUUUACAUAAGCAACCUUAAAACUGGGGCACCAUCCCAGAGCUCGGCGGGACCCUGAGAAAGGGAGACAAAGGAUUUAGACUCUGGACAACAGUCCUUGAAAGGGGAGAAGGGUGUGGAAAAGAGAGGAAAAGGAAGUGGAAAAGGAGCUGGAGACCACUCAGAAGAUGGAGUGUUGAGUGGGUGAGGCUCCUGCAUCGCUCCCUCUCUUGCUUCUUUGCAGUCACCAAGGUGGACCGGAGCUGUCUCCUGAGCCCUCAGUCACUGGCCUUGAAGGCUGGCAACAGGAGCCUGCUGAGACGCUCCAGCAGGAGGCGCUCUCUCCCCCAGAUCUGCACACACAAAAUUGGGAAGCCUGGGCCUGGGCUUGCCAUCCCAGGGGCACUGGACUAGGAUGGGGGAUGGGCCUGUGACAGGAGGUGACCUGGGUGUCCUCUUUCGGCCCCAUGGAGUCCUCACCCAUCCCCCAGUCGUCAGGGAACUCUUCCACACUGGGGAGGGCUCCUCAAACCCCAGGUCCCUCUACUGCCAGUGGGGUCCCGGAGGCAGGGCUGCGGGACGUGGCUUCAGAAUCCGUGGCCCUCUUCUUCAUGCUCCUGCUGGACUUGACCGCUGUGGCUGGCAAUGCUGCUGUUAUGGCUGUUAUUGCCAAGACACCUGCCCUUCGAAAAUUUGUCUUUGUCUUCCACCUCUGUCUGGUGGACCUGCUGGCCGCCUUGACCCUCAUGCCCCUGGCAAUGCUCUCCAGCUCCGCCCUCUUUGACCAUGACCUCUUUGGGGAGGUUGCCUGCCGCCUCUACUUGUUCCUGAGCAUAUGCUUUGUUAGCCUGGCCAUUCUCUCAGUGUCGGCCAUCAACGUGGAGCGCUACUAUUACGUGGUCCACCCCAUGCGUUACGAGGUGCGCAUGACGCUGGGGCUGGUGGCCUCUGUUCUGGUGGGUGUGUGGGUGAAGGCCUUGGCCAUGGCUUCUGUGCCAGUUUUGGGAAGGGUCUCGCGGGAGGAGGGAGCUCCCAGCAUCCCCCUAGGCUGCUCACUCCAAUGGAGCCACAGUGCCUACUGCCAGCUUUUUGUGGUGGUCUUUGCUGUCCUUUACUUCCUGUUGCCCUUGCUCCUCAUCCUAGUGGUCUACUGCAGCAUGUUCCGAGUAGCCCGUGUGGCUGCCAUGCAGCAUGGACCACUGCCCACGUGGAUGGAGACCCCCCGGCAACGCUCUGAGUCUCUCAGCAGCCGCUCCACGAUGGUCACCAGCUCGGGGGCCCCCCAGACCACGCCACACCGGACGUUUGGGGGAGGGAAGGCAGCAGUGGUCCUCCUGGCUGUGGGGGGACAGUUCCUGCUCUGCUGGUUGCCCUACUUUUCUUUUCACCUCUAUGUCGCCCUGAGUGCUCAGCCUGUUUCGACGGGGCAGGUGGAGAAUGUGGUGACCUGGAUUGGCUACUUCUGCUUCACUUCCAACCCUUUCUUCUACGGAUGUCUCAAUCGGCAGAUCCGGGGGGAGCUCAGCAAGCAGUUUGUCUGCUUCUUCAAACAGGCUCCAGAGGAGGAGCUGAGGCUGCCAAGCCGGGAGGGCUCCAUUGAGGAGAACUUCCUGCAGUUUCUUCAGAGCACUGGCUGUCCCACGGAGUCCUGGGCUUCCCGACCUGUACCCAGCCCCAAGCAGGAGCCACCUGCAGUUGACUUUCGAAUCCCUGGCCAGAUAGCUGAGGAGACCUCUGAGUUCUUGGAGCAACAACUCACCAGCGAUAUCAUCAUGUCGGACAACUACCUCUGUCCCGCCCCCACACCACGACUGGAGUCAUGAUGGGCUGGUGGACACUUGGAGGGUGAUGGGGCUGGGGGCCAGUUAUAACUGCAAGGAACUCCUUGUGGGAUCACCUUUUUCUGGCUAGCUGGGGCUGGGGCCUCUGCACACAGCUUUUGCUUAAUGUUUCUGCGUCAGCAACAGAGCCAACUGGAUGGAUAUGUGGCAAAAGCCUUGGACAUGGCUAUGAUCCUUGACUACUGGGGGAGGGAACUUGGUGAGAUGGUGACGAGAGUCAAGGGUCACGAAGAACUGGCCUCCCUGAUCUCUCUCCUCAUGGCAGUGACCCAUCGCCAGCCCCCUGGACAACCGGGUACAAGAGACUAAGGUUGGGAAUGGGAAAGGUGGGGUUUCCAUGGUUCAUUAAAUGCUUCCCUACUCCCAUUCAUCGCUCUCAAAAUUAGCUUCAGUGACAAAGACUUAAAUCUCUCUCCUAUCUGCAGCCCUGGGUUGGACAGGGGGUGCAGAACUGGGCUCAGCAGACUGAAACUGUAGGAACUGUUAGGUGGUACUGAUGGCGGUCUAUUCAAGGGAGGGGGAACAACUGCAAAACUGGACAGGACACCCAUCUGGGACUGCCUGUUCAUCCAUUUCCCUCAUUUCAAUCAGGUAACAUUAAAGAGUCAAGGCAGGACCAGAUGGUGAUGUGAUCUGUAUUUGAACAAAUUCCUGGUUUAUUGAGCUUCAACGGGGAAGACGGGUUGGUGGGAGUAGGUUAGCUUCCCCUUUGAACAGCUAAUAAAUAAUUUUUACUAUAAAAAUGUUAUGCUGAUAUCAACAUUGACUCCUUCAGUUCAACCCAGUGCAUAAUAGCUGAAUACCCCAUUCUCUGGGACUCACACAGAUUUAUAGUCACUGCCUUCAAGGAGUGCACAGUCUUAAUUUGAUCAGGUACCUUGUUUUAUAUUUUGACAGAGCAUUCACAUAUAGUAAAGCAUUAUAGAAUUUUAGAGAAAUAUAUUGAAAAAUAUGUUCAUGGUUUUAACUUGAGAGUUCAGCCCAAUGCAGCAAGAUGUCUACAUGGAGGCUUCCUGCAGACUGGAAAGUGUGGGGGUUGCAGAUGAAACUCUAGUUGAAGAAAAUGAUUUAUUAAAUGAAAUAGGGCAGCUUUUUCUCUUCAGAUCUAGGAAAUUUUCCAGGUUUCUGUCUUCCUACUGCUAGACUUAUUUUAGCACAAGCCCUUAUUGCACUGAGGAGUUCCUUCAGAUAAUUUAUAUUUCGAAGAGAGUCUUUUGCGAUUGAAGGCAUGUUCUCCUCCACUCUCUCCUCCCUUUUAAGAUAAAUUCAUGAGGAAUCGCAUUUCUAGAUAGGGGAAAACAUCCAAACAUCACUGAUCAACUAGUAGACUGAGCGUUGCCAGCAGGUGGCAGUGUAAGUCUAGUGGAAAUAGGAAAGAUUCGUGUAGGUGGGGAGGGGGAGCAUUGCCUGGCAGCCAUUUUGUUAAUUUAUUUUGCCUUUUCCUUUGACUUUGCCCUCCAACCCUUCCUUUACCAUAUUCCAAAGGAGAAAAUCUUGAGUGCAAGGAUAUUGCUAAUUUAGGCUGAAAUUUCUUGACACUGUGACCUCCCUGGCAUUUAUUACAGAAUUUGACAUAUGCUUUAUGCUUUUUUGACAUAUGGUUUAUUUGCAUUUA